CUUCAGUCUUGCAGCGGCAGAGAAACUGCGCAAUACCAAUAGUAUGCUGCUCAAUAUUUGGCAAAUUCUAUGUAUAAAAACACUAUGGAUUUCCAUAGCUAUCGCAGGAGUUUAUCUUUAUUUAAAGUUCGUUUUGUUCAAUUAUUGGAGUAGGAAAAAAGUGCCACACGUGCCUCCUAAUAUUGUGCUUGGGAACAUCAAUAAGAAUUUCCUUUUGGAUAAGAUAACAAUCGGCGAGCUUGUGAGACAGCAUUACGACAAGUUUCGUAAAGAGAAAUAUUUUGGCAUUUACAUUUUUCAUAAUCCGAUUCUAGUGAUAAAUGAUCUUGAACUGAUAAGGCUCAUUUUGGUAAAGGAUUUUCCAUACUUUUACGACAGAGGUAUACACUCGAACGUGGAUGUCGAUCCUAUGUCGUUUAAUUUGUUCAGACUACCUGGCGAAAGAUGGAAAAAUUUGAGAACAAAAUUAACGCCGAUAUUUACUUCUGGAAAGCUGAAGCAGUUGUAUCCAUUGCUGUACGAAGUUUCGCAUGAAUUUGUCGAUAUAUGCGACAAAAUUCUCGAAGUAACGGAUGUGAUAGAUAUGAAGGAUUUAGUCGAAAGGUUCAUAACUGAUUGCAUAUCAAAUGUGGCUUUUGGAUUCAACUGCAAUAGCUUAAAAGAUCCAAACAAUGAAUUUCGCAAUAAUGGAAAAUCAGGCACAGAUUUAGGGAAAUACUCCGCUACACUGAGUAUAUUCGGAUCGAACAUUCUCAAUUUCUUACGAUUACGAGUAUUCAGUAGUAAUGUUAAUAAAUUCUUCAUUCGAAUAUUUGAGGAUGUGGUGAAUCAUCGAGUAAAAAGCAAAAUAGUAAGAAACGAUUUCAUCAAUUUAUUGAUGGAUCUUACAGAUCACAAACAAGGAAGUGACAAGGCUCCAAUAGUAAAUAAAUCUGACCCAGCUGAAAUGAAGAAUAGAAAACUGAACAUGUUAGAGGCAGCGGCGCAAGUUUUUGUGUUUUUCAUAGCAGGCUUUGAAACGACUUCCACUACCGUUACUUACUGUUUACACGAAUUAGCCAAAUAUCCAGAAGUUCAGGAAAAACUACAAGAAGAGAUCGACGAAGUGGCCAAUAGUCCAGAAGGCUUCAAUUACGACAAUAUAAUGAACAUGAAAUAUCUCGACAUGACUUUUAAUGAAACUUUAAGGAAGCAUCCACCCGUUCCUUUCGUAAACCGACUCUGUACAAAGGAUUACCAGAUUCCUGGCACUGAUCUUCGGAUACCAAAGGGAAUGAGAUUGGCAAUUUCGGUAUCAGGUUUACAGAGAGAUCCUGAUAUUUACCCUGAGCCGGAAAAAUUCGAGCCUUUGCGUUUUUCGAAAGAAAAUCUUGCUCAGAGGAGCGCUUAUUGUUUCUUGCCCUUUGGAGAAGGACCGAGAAUAUGUAUCGCAAAAAGAAUCGCAUUGAUGCAAGGAAAAUUAGCUCUGGCAACUCUUUUAUCAAAAUACACGUUUUCAAUCUGUGACGAAACUCCGGUACCAUUAGAGUAUAGUAAUCGUACUUUUCUGACUGUCGCUGAGAAAGAUUUGUAUUUAAAACUUACUAAACGAUAGAUGUAUACUAAUAAAAUAAGCUCUGCUAACAA